CAGUGAAAUGAGUGGGAUGUUGUCAAACAGUUAUCAUUUGUGCAGAUCCGCAGCAUCCCUUCGCACACAGAACCCAGCCGAGCUUCAGCUUCAGCUCCAGCGCUGAGGCUCCAGUGGAAACAUGAGCCCGCUUCGUGGUGCCUCCCUACUCCUCCUCACCUGCCUCCUUCAUCCCGCAAAUGCAUUAACGACAUGUGGACCCGGCCAGUUCCAGUGUGGAAACGGGAAAUGCAUCACGGUGAGAUGGAUGUGUGACAGCGAGGACGACUGUGGAGACGGCACGGAUGAACUUCCAGGGACCUGCUUGGCAAAAACAUGUAAGCCUACAGAGUUCAGCUGUGAAGACCGCCUUCACCAGUGUGUGCCGAGCUCCUGGCGCUGUGAUGGUAAAGCAGACUGUGAGAACGGAGCUGAUGAGAGGAGCUGUGCGGCCAAACAGUGUUUAGCCUCAGAGUUCCGCUGCAGGAAUGGCCAGUGCAUCUCAGGCUCCUUCGUGUGUGACGAAGAUGAGGACUGCGACGACGGCAGCGAUGAGGCCUCCUGCCCUCCCAUCACCUGCAGCUCUACAUCCUUCCAGUGCAACAACAGCAUCUGCGUCCCUCGCCUGUGGGCCUGCGACGGCGACAUCGACUGCCCCGACGGCUCUGACGAGUGGCCCCAGAGCUGCCACGCCAAAGCCCCCGUGUCGGUCACCCCUCGCCAGUGCCAUUCCCUGGAGUUCCGCUGUGGCAGCGGGGAGUGCAUCCACGGCAGCUGGAAGUGUGAUGGAGAUGCUGACUGUCUGGACGGAUCUGACGAAGCUGGCUGCACUCGUUCCACCUGCCGUCCAGACGAGUUUGAAUGUGGUGAUGGAACCUGCAUCCACGGCAGUCGCCAGUGCAACCAGCAGCACGACUGCAGAGAUAUGAGUGACGAAACCGGCUGUGUCAACGUGACCCACUGUGAGGGCCCGGACAGGUUCAAGUGCCGCAGUGGGGAGUGCAUAACCAUGGACAGAGUGUGUAACAACAAACGUGACUGCAGAGAUUGGUCAGACGAGCCUCUUCGGGAAUGUGGCUCCAAUGAAUGCCUUUACAACAACGGCGGCUGCUCUCACAUCUGCAAAGACCUGAAAAUCGGCUACGAGUGCUUGUGUCCUCCUGGUUACAGCCUGAGAGACAAAAAACGGUGCGAAGAUAUUGAUGAGUGCGCCAGCCCAGACACCUGCAGCCAAAUCUGCAUUAACCAGAUGGGCAGCUACAAAUGUGAAUGUGAGGAGGGAUACCAGGUCGACCCAGCAACCAAAGCGUGCAAAGCCAUCGGUACCAUAGCCUACCUCUUCUUCACAAACCGUCAUGAAGUGAGAAAGAUGACGUUGGACAAAAGCGAGUACACUCGAGUAAUCCCCCGCCUGAAGAACGUGGUGGCGCUCGACAUUGACGUGGCCGCCAAAGAGAUCUACUGGUCGGACAUUUCCCAGAAGAAAAUCUACAGAACACACAUGGACGCGGCUGACAACUCAUCUCAGCACCAAACCGUAAUCGACAGCGGCGUUGAUGCUCCCGAGGGGAUCGCCUACGACUGGAUCCAUAAAAACCUCUACUGGACCGACAGUAUGCGCAGCACUAUCUCCGUGGCAACCGCUGAUGGCAGCCAUCGAAAAACUCUCUUCCACCAUGACUUGUCAAAGCCUCGGGCGAUCGUGGUUGACCCCCACAGCAACUUCCUUUACUGGACUGAUUGGGGAAAUCCGGCGAAGAUCGAGAGGGGAGGUCUUAAUGGAGGGGACCGCUCCGCUCUGGUCACGGACAGCAUUGUUUGGCCUAACGGCAUCACUCUUGACCUGCUGAACCAGCGGCUCUACUGGGUGGACUCUAAGCUGCACACUCUCUCCAGCGUGGAUGUGCAGGGUGGUGGUCGACGCACGCUCAUCAUCGACGAGCACAAACUGGCUCAUCCACUUGGACUCACUGUAUUCGAGGAAAGAGUUUUCUGGACAGAUGUUAGCAACAACGCCAUUCUCAGUGCCAACCGACUAACCGGUGAGGACAUAAGACCAGUGGCGGAGCACCUGCAUUCCCCAGAGGACAUCAUUCUCUACCACAACCUCAAACAACCCAUAGGAAGAGACUGGUGCAACACGUCCAGCUCUCACUGUGAGUUCAUGUGUCUCGCUGCCCCUCAAGUGGGCACUCGUCCGCCAAAAUACACCUGCGCCUGUCCAGAUCAAAUGAUGCUUGCCAGUGAUAUGAGGUCAUGUGUGCCAGAGGUACCAACACCUGCAGGAACAUCGCAGCCGGAAACUCCAACUACCCUCACAACCCGUUUGCCUCUCAGGACCACGCCUAGAACCACGUUGAAGCCCAGAGUCAGCACCACCACAGCGGCGCCAGUCAUGAUCACCAGUACCACCCCGAGGCCUGUAACCCACACCACCCCAAGGCUGCGGACACAAAGGACCACCGAGCCUCCAAUCAGGAGCACCACACCACUCCCAAAGAUCACCUCGCCCAGGCUGAUCGAUCAGAAACUCCUGCAGACCUCCACAGAGGCUCCAACCACCCCUCCGAAUAACAAACGUGGCCUUAAUGCAGAAAACUCCAAAUCUUCCUCCACCCCUCCACUGGCUCUGUACUUGGUCCUCCCUCUGGCAAUCCUCUCUCUGGUGGCUGUUGGUGGCGUGCUGCUAUGGAGGAACUACCGGCUGAGGAGCUCCAACACCAUCCACUUUCAUAACCCCGUUUAUCAGAAAACCACAGAGGACCAGGUGCACAUUUGGAGAAGCAACAGCCUUGACGGUUAUUCCUACCCAAAAAGACAAGUCGUGAGCGUGGACGAAGAAACAGACAAUCCCACCUUCACCGAAAACUGAACGCUGUCCGUCUUAAGGCCGGAUUUGAAGAUGAUCAGCGUUUUUACCUCAAAUGCACAAAGACGUGAAUGUUCCAACCACUGAAUCCUCACAAACACGCGUUUUCUGCAGCGCAAACAAACUACAAUCCCACAAGAAGAAUCCUCACCAAACCAGCAGAUCACAGAUUUCUCAGGUGGAUUUUUCUUCUUAUAAUGUUCAGACUUUAAUGCCUUGUUUCCACUGAGCGGUACUGACCAGAAAGAUAAUUCAACUGAGCGUUUCCAUUGAGUGUUGGACCAUCAAAGUGCAUGCAGGGUGUAGACCGAUGAUGUAUCUGUGUGUCAAAACGGUGAGACUACAACAAAAGAGAAACUGCAUCAGGUGACUCGAAACAGACGGAAAAAAAGGGUAACCGCGGAGGAUAAUUAUAAUCUGGAGCAGGUGUUUUAAAAAGAAAGAAAAAUGGGUCAGCGAAUCGAUUAAAAAAAUUAACUAAUUAAUCGCAAACCUGGAUAAUUGUUUUGGUAUCUCAUUAUUUGCCAACCACUUAUUAUCUGUGAAUAAUCACAAUAUGAAAUCACACAUGAAACUCUACAUUUAGAACAUUUAUUUUUAAUUACUGCUGUUAAUCUAUUACAAAAAAAAUCUGAUUAAUCGCACUUUUGUGUUAUGAUCAAACACAAUUAAUCACAAGGUUUAGCAAGUAAAAUUUAUUUGUACAAUAUAGCACUGGAGCAUGGAUCAAAUAAUCUGCUUUUCUUAAAAAAAGUUAUCUAAACCACAAAAAUAGCAAGAAUAAAGCACUAAAAACCGAUUUAAUAUUUAUUUCUUUUAUAAGUAACAAUGACAUAAGCCAGAUAAUACCAGACAAAAUGUUUUUAACGGGUGUCUUCGUCCGUAUUCGUGGAUUUGACGUCUCUCCAGCCCCUAACCCCCGCAAAUAAGAGGGAAUAUAUAUGUAAGGGAUUUAUUAUUUUUUGCAUGAAGAUUGUGGGGUGCGAAGAAGAAUCCAGACGAGGACAAAACUUUCAGUUUGGAUCUUGAGUGCUAGUCAGACGCUUCCUCCCUUCCUCCAAUCAAUGGGUUACAUCGUUUGACGACAGAAGCUCCGCCCUCACUGGUCCAUUCCAUUUCACUAUGGAACUGCGACCAAUGGGGGACCAUAAAUAGUACCUGUCGGUCCUGCUUAGCUUAAGGGGUCCUUUUGUAAUGGAAACACUCAAAAGUCUAGUCUGGCCCGGUCCAGUCCGGUCUGGACCGCUCAGUGGACACAAGGCAUAGCUGAUGUGUAGAAACAACUCAACGAUGAUGCCUCAUGUUGCUGAUCAGGGAGGAGUUUUAAGCUGUCAGAAUUCUUUCACUACUUACUGCAAAUCCAAAAAUCCAGUGCUCUAGAAAUUUCCCAGAAUUCUCUGCAACAAACCAGUGUGCACCAAUGCUCACUAGAUAGAUCACAGAAUACAAAUUGCUUCUACUGCAGUUUUCUAGUAGAUAUGGAGGGAAUUCAGCCUUAGUUUAUACAGAACAAACCACUUUUUUCUUUUUAUAGAAGUCGAUGGAUAAUCGUCCUAAAAACACAUUUUUAAAAACACACAAAGUCAGAGAUGAAUGUAACCUCACAGAAAAGACUCAUCAUCAUGUGGUCUUGCCUUGAUUAUACCGUCCUCUGUCCGGGCUCCCAGAUGUUUCUCUGCAUCUGGAUGAGCUUCCACUCUCCAGAUGUCCGUCCGUGGAUCCGGACAGAAGCCUUUAAAUCAUCCAUCCUUUUUCUUUUUUUUGGUUUAAAAGCUUUGAUGUGCCUCUCUGUAGCGUGUAUUUAUGUUCCCGUUAUACCCGCAUUCCUGUUCAAAGGGCUCUAGGAUCUUUUUUUUUCCCAUAAUGCCCUAUUUUGAUCUAUGUUUGUGUUGUGGAGUAGAAAAGCUGUGAAUGGUCGAUUAGUGAGAAUGAAAUGGCGAGGGUUUCUGGGUUUGUCGGCACAUACAUUCUGUUUAUGUCAUGUUUCCAUUCAGCUUGUAAAUAUGUUGUUUAUAAGUGUACAUAUUUGUUCUGGACUGUUUUUGUUAAUGAUUGAAUGUUCUGUAAAUAAAUAAAUGCUUCUAUUUAUUAUAGAA